GGCGCUUGUAGUGAUAGUGUCCUGCUCUACCUUCAACUCCCAACACUAGACCGCGUGUGUGUCCUGCAGACGGACGUACAACAUAUUUUACCACUGGCAGCAUCUACGUUUGUAAGAUGAACUGCAACUGCCCGGUGACGCAGCCGGGGCCGACCCUGGCCAGCACGUGUGGGGGUUCUACCUUCAUGCUGUUCAUGGGGCUACUGGAGGUGUUCAUCCGCUCCCAGUGUGACCUGGAGGACCCGUGCGGCCGUCCCGUGUCCCGCGACUUGCCCGACAGAGAGUACGACUUCAUCGUCGUCGGUGCCGGGUCCGCGGGUGCCGUGGUCGCUAGUAGACUGUCGGAGGUGCCCCACUGGCGAGUACUCCUGGUGGAGGCCGGGGAGAAUGAACCCACAGGCACCCAGGUACCCUCCAUGUUCCUCAACUUCCUUGGCACCUCCAUCGACUGGGCGUACAGAACUGAACCUGAGGACAUGGCUUGUUUGUCAGAGAACGAACGGAGGUGCUACUGGCCCAGAGGAAAGGUGAUAGGCGGGACGAGUGUCCUGAACGGCAUGAUGUACAUGAGGGGGUCCAGGAAGGACUACGACGACUGGGCUAAGCUCGGCAAUUCUGGCUGGAGCUACCAAGACGUUCUGCCGUACUUCCUGAAAUCUGAAGACAACCUACAGGCUGAUAUCAUGGACCCUGGCUUCCACGGUGUCGGAGGAUAUCUCCCCGUCACUCAGUUCCCCUACCAUCCGCCACUGUCGCACGCUAUCCUCCAGGCGGCCAUCGAGGUGGGAUACCCCGUCCGCGAUGUGAACGGUGCCCAACACACGGGGUUCGCAAUUGCACAGACUACUAGCAAGAACGGGUCCAGAUACAGCACGUCACGAGCGUUCUUGAGACCAGUCAAGGACAGACCUAACCUGCACAUCCUCUUGAACACCACUGUCGCCAAGGUCUUGGUUGAUCCCAUCAAGAAGAUGGCGUACGGAGUGGAGGUCGUUAGAGGCGAUGGAAGGAGAGAGAAGAUUCUCGCUAAGAAUGAAGUCGUGGUGAGUGGAGGUGCUGUCAAUUCACCACAGAUUCUUCUCUUGUCAGGUAUCGGACCACAGGACGAUCUUACUCAGGUGGGUGUCCCAGUGAUCCACCAUCUCCCCGGAGUGGGUAGAAACCUGCACAACCACGUCGCUUUCUUCCUCAGAUUCUUUAUCAACGACACCUCGACGACUCCCCUCAACUGGGCCACUGCCAUGGAGUACCUUCUGUUCAGGGACGGGCUGAUGUCCGGCACGGGGCUGUCUGAGGUGACCGGUUUCGUCAACUCCAAGUAUGCGGAUCCAUCCGAAGAUCACCCAGAUCUACAGUUCUUCUUUGGCGGUUUUCUCGCCAACUGCGCUCGCACUGGUCAGGUCGGCGAGAGGACGGGAGACGCCAACGCCACGGGACCCCCUCCACAACGAGAGGUCAACAUCAUCCCCGCUGUCCUCCAUCCCAAGAGCCGCGGAUAUCUCCGCCUCAGAGACAACAACCCGCUGUCGCCUCCGAUGAUCUUCGGCAAAUAUCUCACAAACCCCGCUGACGUCGCUACUCUCAUCGAAGGAAUCAAGUUCGGUAUACGGCUGUCCGAGACCAGGGCCCUGCAGAAGUACGGGUUCCGGCUAGAUAGAACUCCGGCAAUGGGGUGUGAAAACAUCUCGUUCGGCUGUGACGCCUACUGGGAAUGCGCCAUCAGAAGAAACACGGGCCCGGAGAACCAUCAGGCGGGAAGCUGUCGCAUGGGUCCUCCGGGAGACCCCGGGGCUGUGGUCGACCCGGAGCUCAGGGUGCACGGCGUGGAUCGCCUGAGGGUGAUAGACGCUUCCGUGAUGCCUUCGGUCACCUCAGGGAACACCAACGCCCCGACCAUCAUGAUCGCGGAGAAGGGGUCGGACCUCAUCAAGAGCAGGUGGAUCGGCAAACAGCUGUGGACCAAGUGGUGACGGUGCUUAAUACAUUGUAACAUACCGUGUAUCAAAUGUACAUAUAUAUUUGGAACAAAGCCUAAGUGAACAAACUGAUUCACUAUUCAGUUAAGAAUUGUGGUGUGUCAUUUAAAACGUUGUUUUAUAUAAAUGUCGUAUGGGUAUGUGCUAAGAGCUUUAAAACAUUUUGGGUGUUUUGGUUUUUGUAUAUAUUAUUUUUUCAAUCUAAAAUAUUGAAACUAUAACUGAAGGUUUUUAAACAGUUUGUAAAAUCUGGUUACAGUGAUUAAACCAGAGAACUCAACAAUACGUUAUUAGACCUCUGGUCAGAUGGCUUUAAUAUAUUUAAGUUUAUUUAUUUAUUAUUAAUAUCAAAUAUAAUUUGUUAUUCUGACUUUUCAGUCUUUUUGUUUAACUUUAUGUAAUUGAUAUUUCAGCAAUUUAUUCAGGAUUAUAUCAGA